AUGAUAAAGCGGGGAAUACCAGCAAUAGAUAUUUUAGUCUGUACAUCAUGCCUGGGUGAUCUCUUUGCCUCAGUUUAUCAGUGCAGCAAAGGGCACUCAUUCUGCGAAUCUUGUCACAGCGAAGGGGUAAAUUGCCAUCUCUGUAAGACUCCAAUUUUGUCAAUCAGGAAUCGCGUCAUUGAAGAAAUCACAUCUGAAAUUGCGAUCCCCUGCAAGUGAAAGCAAUGUAAAGAUGCUUUCCCCUGCAAAGAUAUUCUAUCUCACGAAAGAGUCUGCAAAUUCAAAGCAAUCCAGUGCAGCUUAUGUUGAGGUUUUGUCACUUUUCCUCCUGACAUCAUUGUGAAGCACAUUGAAUCAGUCCACAAAGUUAAAUUUAGAGUAAAAAGCCAGCCUAUCAAAAUAAAAAACAUAAAAUCAAAGAAAAAAGAGAAAGGAUUGAAGAUUGACGAUAAUUUUGUAUUACUUAAGGUUGUAAAGUCUGAAGAUAAUCACAUUUACGUGACAUUUCAAACAUUAGACUACCAACUGAAAUCAAUCAGGACAGUCGCUACAAGAUUUGAUCAAGUAACCACGGUAUAUGGAGGAGAGCCACACUUGAUUUGGUCUGGAAGCAUUACAGAAGGCUUGAAUGUUAUCCUUAGAUGUGAUAAUCUUUAA